AGUUAUAUAUACCCUCUAGAACUUGUUCAGUACAAAAUCCACACCAAGUAUCAAUGGAUAUAAAAAUGUUGUAUGGUCUUUUGACUUUAACUAGUCUAGCAAUUCUCUUGCAAGGCCUAGGAACAUCAGCACAACAGUGCGGAAGACAAGCGGGAGGUGCACUCUGUGCAAACAGACUGUGUUGCAGCCAACAUGGGUGGUGUGGCAGCACACCUGAGUACUGUGGAACUGGCUGCCAGAGCCAGUGUGGUGGCUCCACUCCAACCCCUAUUGGUGGGAAUGGUGUUGGCAGCAUUAUCACUCGUGACCUUUUUAAUCAAAUGCUUAAGUAUCGAAAUGAUCCAAGAUGUCCCAGCAAUGGUUUCUAUACUUAUGAUGCUUUCAUUGCUGCUGCUCGAUCUUUUAAUGGAUUUGGCACAACCGGAGACCUUGCAACCAGAAAGAGAGAGCUCGCUGCUUUCUUUGGUCAAACCUCUCAUGAAACAACAGGUGGAUGGCCAACUGCACCGGAUGGUCCGUAUGCAUGGGGAUAUUGCUUUAUUAGGGAACAAAACAACCCAGGUCCUUACUGUACUCCUGGCUCUUGGCCAUGCGCUCCUGGCAGACUGUAUUUUGGACGAGGACCCAUUCAAUUGACUCACAACUACAACUAUGGACCAGCUGGAAGAGCCAUUGGAGAAGAUUUGAUAAAUAAUCCGGACAUUGUAGCCACCAACGCAAUAAUAUCCUUUAAGACAGCCAUAUGGUUUUGGAUGACUCCACAGGGAAACAAACCGUCAUGCCAUAGCGUAAUCAUCGGGCAAUGGAGACCGUCCGGUGCAGACACGGAAGCAGGCCGGGUCCCUGGUUAUGGAGUCAUCACUAACAUAAUUAAUGGUGGGCUAGAGUGCGGUCGUGGUCCUGAUAACAGGGUGGCUAGCAGGAUUGGUUUCUACAGGAGGUACUGUGACAUCUUGGGUAUAAACUACGGAAGCAACUUGGAUUGCUAUAACCAAAGGCCUUUUGGCUGAAUUGUGAACUGCACUACCCCACUCCAACAGAAUAAAGUCACUAUUGAGUGGAAGUUAAUAAACAAAUCAACAGGAUUGUCUAAUAAAUUUUAAAAUAAAUAAAAAAAAAGUAAAAAAUAGAGAAAUUAA